AUGACGGAGCUCAGCGAAAAGCGAGAGGAGCUGAUUUGCGUGAUCGGCGAGUUGGACGACUUUGUGACAAGGUUUGAGAAGGCGCGUGAGGGAGAGAAGGUGGCUGUUGAAAGGCUUGCCGAGAGGGAUCAGGAGGUCUUUGAAUUGGAGGGCAUGCACAGUAAGCUUCAGGCGGACCAUGAACAUAUUGUAUUGGUGCUGCAGGAACAGGUGGAGCAGCUUCGUUUGCAGCGUGUCGAGGAUGCUGCCUCGUGUGAGGCGUUGAAAGGCAACAUUAACGCCCUACGUAAGGCGUUACAAGAGGCGCAGGCAAGUUUAGGGGAGAAAAACAUUGAAAUAGCUCGCUUGAGGGAGGAGCUACUUUCGCAGCAGGAGGAGGCGCAGGAGCUCAUUGACAAGGUCGCGGACGAGCGAGAUCAGAAGUCGGCAGAAGUGAGUGACUUGCUAAAGAAGCUCGAGGAGUUCGUUGAGCUUAUGGAGGGGAUUCGCAAGUCUGAGGAGGAGGCGCUUCAGCGGAGCGCUUCAGCGGAGCGGGCACUUGACGAGGCUCAGGACGAGUUGAAAAGGCUUCGCGCCCGGCAGGCCAAGCAGUGGGAGGCGUUCGGUGGCAUGUCGGGGGCGAAUGCACCUCGUGCUUCGCUUGAUGAGGCGCGCAACCUGCAGGAACACGUGAAGAAGAACAAAAGUUUGCAGUUGUGCGUGAAGCUGCUGAUGGAUGCCCUGUUGAAGAAUCAGGGCACCUUUGCUGCGGCGUCAGAAGAGUUAGAGGACGUCUGUGGCACCCUGUCGAGUUUGCAGGAGGAAUGA